AUGGCGCAAUUAGUCAGCCAAUUAACACGACAAACAAUUAAAAAUUUAUCUUGUGUUAACACGAUAAAAUACUUGAGCUGUCAGAAAAAAUCUACUGCGCAUGUUUAUGCCAGAACUAUUGCAACGACAUCUAUGUUAGCCGACAGGUGGUACACAGACAAACAUGAAUGGAUUGAGUUGAAUGAUGACAUAGGUACUGUUGGAAUAUCUAAUUACGCUCAAGAUGCUCUUGGAGAUGUUGUUUACGCGCAAUUGCCUGACGUGGGGACUACUAUAAAAAAAGAAGAAGAAGUUGGGGCUCUGGAGUCGGUGAAAGCUGCGUCGGAAAUAAUAAGCCCGAUAACAGGAAAAGUAAUUGAAAAAAAUACAUUGGUUGAAAAUAAACCCGGGCUAAUAAAUACCUCGCCAUACAAAGACGGAUGGCUGUUUAAAGUUAAAGUUGAUGAUGUAAAUGAAAUCAAGUCGCUGAUGAACGAAGAAUCUUAUGAAGAAUUUUUAAAGUCAGAUCCUCAUUAA